CUUGAACCCCUUCACCUCUUAUAAGCUGCGAGUGAAGGCAACAAAUGAUAUCGGAGACAGCGACUUCAGCGCGGAGACGGAAGCGGUCACAACUCUGCAGGACGUUCCAGGUGAACCGCCCAGUUCUGUGUUAGUAACUCCCCACACUACUUCGUCCGUCCUUGUGCAGUGGCAGCCACCAAAGGUCGAGAGUCUAAAUGGCUUGUUGUUGGGCUACCGGAUCUACUAUCGAGAGCUGGAUUAUGACACUGGGUCUGGAGCAGAAUCCAAAACCAUCAAGAACCCUUCAGCUUUACGAGCAGAGCUCACACCCCAAAGCAGCUUCAAGACAGUGAACAGCAGCUCUGCAUUAACGACGUAUGAAUUGACACAGCUGAAGAAAUACAAAAGAUACGAAGUUUUAAUGACGGCAUAUAAUGUAAUUGGUGAGAGCCCUACCAGCACACCAGUGGAAGUGUUUGUGGGCGAAGCAGCACCAGCAAUGGCUCCGCAGAACGUCCAAGUCAACUCCCUUUCUGCAAGUCAGCUGGAGCUCACCUGGGACCCCCCUCCUGCCGACAGCCAAAACGGGAACAUACAGGGCUACAAGAUUUAUUACUGGGAGAGCGACAUCCAAAACGACACGGAGAAAGUGAAGGUCCUUUUCCUCCCAGAGACAACAGUCCGGCUCAAAAACCUGACCAGCCACACGCGCUACCUGGUCUGCAUUUCUGCUUUCAACGCAGCCGGGGACGGCCCGAGGAGCAGCCCCUCACAGGGCAGGACGUUUCAGGCUGCACCCAGUGCUCCCAGCUUCUUGGCGUUCUCCGAAAUCACUUGCACGACACUCAACGUGUCUUGGGGCGAGCCAACAGCAGCAAAUGGAGUCCUGCAGGGCUAUCGAGUAGUCUAUGAGCCUUUGGCACCAGUCCAGGGGGUGAGUAAGGUGGUGACUGUGGACAUAAAAGGAAAUUGGCAGCGCUGGUUGAAAGUCCGAGAUCUCACCAAGGGCAUGACCUAUUUAUUCCGCGUGCAAGCCAGAACCAUCGCCUAUGGACCUGAACUGCAAGCCAAUGUCACAGCUGGGCCAGCAGAAGGGUCUCCUGGCUCCCCUCAGGAAAUUCUGGUGACAAAAUCUGCCUCUGGGCUGACGCUGCAGUGGACCGAGGGAGAUUCAGGAGAAAAACCCACCACCGGAUACAUUAUAGAGGCACGGCCCUCAGACGAAGGACUGUGGGAUAUGUUUGUGAAGGAUAUUCCUCGCAGUGCUACCUCCUACACAGUCAGCCUGGACAAGCUGAAACAGGGGGUGACCUAUGAAUUUCGAGUGGUGGCUGUCAAUGAAUUUGGCUAUGGAGAGCCAAGCGUCCCCUCUGUGGCAGUAUCAGCACAAACAGAAGCCCCCUUUUACGAGGAGUGGUGGUUUCUCCUGGUGAUAGCCCUCUCUAGUCUGAUCCUCAUCUUGUUAGUGGUGUUUGCAUUGAUCCUGCAUGGGCAGAGCAAGAAAUACAAGAACUGCGGCGCAGGUAAGACCAUCUCCAAUAUGGAAGAGUCAGUCACCCUGGAUAAUGGAGGCUUCACUGCUUUGGAACUCAAUAGCAGGCACCUAAACAUCAAGAGCACCUUCUCAAAGAAAAAUGGAACGAGGUCUCCUCCUCGGCCAAGCCCUGGGGGGCUGCACUACUCUGAUGAGGAUAUCUGCAACAAGUACAACGGGGCUGUGCUGAGCGAGGGCUUGGGCCUCGGUGAGAAGCCCUUGGAAGUAUCGGAGUCGGAGGCCACUGACUCGGAUUACGAAGACGAGCUGCCCAAACACUCCUUCGUGAACCAUUACAUGAGCGACCCCACGUACUACAACUCCUGGAAGCGCCAGCAGAAGGGGGUGAAGCACCCGGCGUCCUACCGCUACGAGGAGUGCGCGGCCAGCGAGGCAGAACCCUAUUUCCAGACUGUCAUCACGACACAGAGCUCAGGAGGGGUGUACACCCCGACGGGACAGCCCGCGCCCGGCUCCCGGACUCCAGUGACAGGGUUCUCGUCCUUCGUGUGACG